CAUCCUCCCCUGUCCCUGUGGGCGUGUCCUACAACCUCACUUGUCCCUGUCCUCCUGUCCUGGUGUCCAGGUGAGGUGCUGGUCUUCCUGGACAGUCACUGUGAGGUGAACGUGGCGUGGCUGCAGCCGCUGCUCGCUCCGAUCCUGAAGGACCGCCGCACCGUAGUCUGUCCCGUCAUCGACAUCAUCUCUGCCGACACGCUGUCCUACUCGCCGUCCCCCAUCGUCAGGGGCGGCUUCAACUGGGGGCUGCACUUCAAGUGGGACCCCGUCCCUCCCGCCGAGCUCAACGGGCCCGAGGGCGCCGCCGGACCAAUCAGGUCUCCCACGAUGGCCGGCGGUCUGUUCGCCAUGAACAGGAAGUACUUUAACGAGCUCGGCCAAUACGACGCCGGCAUGGACAUUUGGGGCGGAGAGAACCUGGAAAUCUCCUUCAGGAUCUGGAUGUGCGGAGGACAGCUGCUCAUCAUCCCCUGCUCCAGAGUCGGACACAUCUUCAGGAAGAGACGUCCCUACGGGUCCCCGGGGGGACAGGACACCAUGGCACACAACUCCCUGAGGCUGGCACACGUCUGGAUGGACGAGUACAAGGAGCAGUAUCUGUCCCUGCGUCCAGAGCUACGUGAGCGGAGUUACGGGGACAUCAGCGAGCGCGUGGCGUUGAGGAAGCAGCUUCAGUGUCGCUCGUUCCGCUGGUACCUGGACACCGUCUACCCCGAGAUGCAGACCGCCGCCAACGGCAACAAGCCGCCGCCGCAGCAGCCGCUCUUCAUCAACAAGGGCCUGAGACGCCCCAAAGUCCUGCAGAGAGGACGGGUACCUGUCCACCACCGUCCACUCUGCACGCUCUCACUCACACACAGACACACACACACACACACACACACA